AUGCAUAAAGCCCCAAAGCCAACAUCCGACUGCCCUCACCAGUAUGGAUACUAUCCCUCCCCCAGCGCUCACCCAUCUGACUGCGGUCAGUACCGCAUGUGCAUAGCAGGCUUGGCCGUGGACAUGGUAUGCCCAACUGGGCUUGCUUUCAAUUUCGAGACCAGCCGUUGUGACUGGGCCUUUCUUGUGAAGUCUUGUGACGUUGCAACUAACGGGCAAACUGGUUCCGCCCGAGAUUGGAGGUUUAGAAGGCCUUCAAGGUUUCCUGCUCGUGUAGUGCCAAGACCUAGUUACGUUUCAAGACCUACAACAUUUGCACCAAGACCUGAAAUAACAAGUGAGGUGCGACCACAUGUAACCGUUUCGACUACGCAUUGGCCAUCAUCCACAUAUUCUCCACCUAUACGCGGUCCUUCAUUCAACAGGCGACCGAACAUUGUAUGGUCUAGACCAUUCAUAGCCAGCUCCCCAAAACCGAAACCAACCGUCACCGUAGUAGUUCUUCCUGGUUCUCAUUCCCAUGUGCUGCCCACAACACAACGACCAUAUUAUGUAUACCCCGAAAAGCCGACACCAAAGCCCGUUGGCAUUCCACUUGCCCCCGAAUCGGACCUAUUAUAUUCAAAACCCGAAUCUCAACCUCUCAAUGCACCUUAUGUAUCAUCCAGUUCUAAACCGAUAAGUGCUGCUAAUCCAGUAAUCAAUUCUUCUCCAAAACCAGAAACAGAAAAACCCUAUAUUGAAGUUAAACCUGUAUCAGAACCUCAUAAGCCUGAAGUUGUGAUCUCGCGUGUUCCCGAGCCGCAACCUGAAGUCAAACCUGAAUCACAACCCAAACCUCAAAUAAAACCUAUACCUGAACCAGAACAAGAAUUGAGCCCCGAAUUUAUAGUGCAAGGUACACCUGAGCCACAGGUAGAACCUAGGCCUGAACCUCAAGUGGAACCUAAACCGGAACCACAAGUGGUACCUUUACCGAAACCACAUGGGGUACCUAUACCGGAACGACAAUUGGAACCUAAGCCGGAACCAGAAGUAGAACCUAAACCUGAACCCGAAUCUUCACCAGAGCCCAUACCGGAAGUUACUUCUGAACGAUUCGAUGACGUUUCACUUUCUGGGCACGAAGCAUCUCCGGCUCCAGAAUUACAUCGCGAAGUUUUAUCAUCUUCAAAACCUGUUUUCGAAUUAGAAUCCUCAUCCAAACCUUCAUUUGAACCAGUACCAGCAUCUGUAGAGCAAACAGAGAUGUCUUCUAUACCAUAUGCUGAAGUUCCACCCGAGCCUUCUCGUGAAUUUUCAACACCAACUCCAUUUUCACCAUCAGCAGAAGUAUCAUCGGAGCCCGAGUUAUUAGAUCACUCAGAAGUUCCGUCUAACCAAAUACGACUUAAAUAUAUACCUGGCAUUGGUAAUUCACGCAAUCCCAUUUCAGCAACCUGGUCAAAGCCUAGUUGGGUCCCUAAGCCUUCUAAGAAUCCCGAACAUCCAAAUCCCUGGAAACCAACACCAACCCCAAUAUUCCAUCUACCCUCGAAAACAAGUACCAUUAGGCCCCAACCUAUACCUACUUCACAAAAGCUAGUCUACGUCCCUGCACGACCUGUGAUAACAGCUAGAACACCAAGCGCUGCUUUUGAUGUAAUGGCCUUGAUGGAUUAUCAGUGUCAUGAGCCUAACGGCUACUUUGCAGUGCCAUCAGAGUGCGAUGCUUUCAUAGAAUGUAACUCCAAUAGAGCAAGACAAAUAAAUUGCCCGGAUGGACUUCAUUAUAAUCCUAAAGCUGUAUGGCCAGAAUACCCAUGCGCUUAUCCGUCAGAAGUUCAAUGUGCCGCCCAUUAUGCGAAACAGGAUCCCAAGCCCACAGCAGAGUGUCCACGACAAUACGGCUAUUUUGCUUCUCCUUCUGGUGAUUGCGGCCAAUAUAUCAUGUGUCUAGAAGGCAGAGCUACCAAAAUGUCCUGCCCUCCUGGCCUUGCAUUCAAUUUAAAAACAACUGCGUGCGACUGGCCCGCUAAUGUACCAUCGUGCAACCCUGUUGUUUUUAGAGGCUUUACGUGCCCCGUGCCAGAUAUUGGAGAAAAUGGAAAACCUUCCGAUCUGAUUUAUAAAUACAGAUAUGGAAAAAGUUGCAAAAAAUACAUAGCCUGUCAACGAGGAAGUCCACGACUUUUAAGCUGUGACGAAGGUCUUUCUUACGAUGAAGCAUCACAAAGUUGUAUGGAUGAUGAAUUUGUUAAAGAUUGCUCUUAAUUAAGUGUUAUUUAAUAAAUAAUGACGAAUAUUACAAAAAAUGUGGAAUACUUGAAAAUAAAAUAAAAUAGGCUGA